AUGCCACGCAUCCCCCAAACCCCGCAAACCGACGGCUCCACCACCUUCGAUCCCGACAAAUUCUUCGAGGCAUGGAGCAAAGGCGAGCUGACGCCGCCGUACGACAACAAUUUCCGGCGCUUCGUCAUCCGCUCUUUCGGCCUGCCGCUGCACGAUGAUUAUGGCUACCAGGCGACGACGGAAGUGACGCUGUUGCAGGCGCAGACGCAUGUCGAGUUUGGGGCGCAGGGGGGGUUGCAUGGGUGGUAUCGAGAUGAGGGAGGGGCGGAGAGAUCUCCCCCACCGACAGCGAGGGACAUAGCCGCGUAUACUGAUAUUCUGCGCCCUACGACCAAUACAGCUAAAGCACUCACAGGCCUGGCCGCGAACGCGAAAAGGGACUCGAUUCGCAUGGAUGUCGCAAACCACCUUCAGUCUCUAUAUUCUCCGCCUGCUCCGGAGAGAAAUCUACAAGUCAACAAGAGCAAAGCGCACGUCAACCCUUCCUUCGACGUCUGGGCGUGGUCGAAUCAGAAUCUCGAGUGGGCGGGUCCCGAACCGGGGACUGUGCGAAUUAAGCAGGCGCAUGCCAUCUUGCCGAUUCUCUACCAUCACUUUGGAUGCGUGUGUCCUUCGUAUGAGGCUUUGUGUUUGAUUUCGCUCCUCGCAAAGGGGAGGACGAUUGUAGACAUGGGGAGUGGGAAUGGGUAUUGGACGUUUAUGCUGAGACGGCUGGAGAGCGGAAAGAAAGCCUUGAAAGUGGUGGCUGUGGAUAGUGGGCUGAGUGAGUGGCGGACAAUGUGGAUUGCAGAUACGAUUGAGAGUGAUGGCGCCAAGUGGUUGGAGAAGAACAACGGGGCCAAGGAUGCGGUGUUGCUUCUCGUCUACCCAAACACGGGCCAGGAGUUUACGAGCAAGAUGAUCAAGGCGUACCGCGGCUCGACAAUCAUUGCAGCGAGCUCACAGAAUGCCUCUGGCUUCACCGCUUUCGCAAAAGAGACCAUCGCGGAAUGGAUGGCACGCGAGAUGCCAGGCUGGACCAGGGUCUUCCAAGUACCGCUGCCAAGUUUCGCGGGCAAGGAUGAGGCCUUGUUCGCUUUCGAAAGAUCCACCUAG